AUGCCGAGCCGCAAAGCAGGCGGCAGCCUGGAUGCCGAGCCGCAAAGCAGGCGGCAGCCUGGAUGCCGAGCCGCAAAGCAGGCGGCAGCCUGGAUGCCGAGCCGCAAAGCAGGCGGCAGCCUGGAUGCCGAGCCGCAAAGCAGGCGGCAGCCUGGAUGCCGAGCCGCAAAGCAGGCGGCAGCCUGGAUGCCGAGCCGCAAAGCAGGCGGCAGCCUGGAUGCCGAGCCGCAAAGCAGGCGGCAGCCUGGAUGCCGAGCCGCAAAGCAGGCGGCAGCCUGGAUGCCGAGCCGCAAAGCAGGCGGCAGCCUGGAUGCCGAGCCGCAAAGCAGGCGGCAGCCUGGAUGCCGAGCCGCAAAGCAGGCGGCAGCCUGGAUGCCGAGCCGCAAAGCAGGCGGCAGCCUGGAUGCCGAGCCGCAAAGCAGGCGGCAGCCUGGAUGCCGAGCCGCAAAGCAGGCGGCAGCCUGGAUGCCGAGCCGCAAAGCAGGCGGCAGCCUGUUUGGGGGCAAGGAGAAGGAGGCAAGUAGAAGGGGGCAAGGAGAAGGGGGCAAGGAGAAGGGGGCAAGGAGAAGGAGGCAAGGAGAAGGGGGCAAGGAGAAGGGGGCAAGGAGAAGGGGGCAAGGAGAAGGGGGCAAGGAGAAGGGGGCAAGGAGAAGGGGGCAAGGAGAAGGGGGCAAGGAGAAGGGGGCAAGGAGAAGGGGGCAAGGGGAAGGGGGCAAGGAGGAGGGGGCAAGGAGAAGGGGGCAAGGUGGAGGGGGCAAGGAGAAGGGGGCAAGGAGGAGGGGGCAAGGAGGAGGGGGCAAGGAGGAGGGGGCAAGGAGAAGGGGGCAAGGAGGAGGGGGCAAGGAGGAGGAGGCAAGGAGGAGGAGGCAAGGAGGAGGAGGCAAGGAGGAGGAGGCAAGGAGGAGGAGGCAAGAAGGAGGAGGCAAGGAGGAGGAGGCAAGGAGGAGGAGGCAAGGACGAGGAGGCAAGGAGGAGGAGGCAAGGAGGAGGAGGCAAGGAGGAGGAGGCAAGGAGGAGGAGGCAAGGAGGAGGAGGCAAGGAGGAGGAGGCAAGGAGGAGGAGGCAAGGAGGAGGAGGCAAGGAGGAGGAGGCAAGGAGGAGGAGGCAAGGAGGAGGAGGCAAGGAGAAGGAGGCAAGGAGGAGGAGGCAAGGAGGAGGAGGCAAGGAGGAGGAGGCAAGGAGGAGGAGGCAAGGAGGAGGAGGAGGCAAGGAGGAGGAGGCAAGGAGGAGGAGGCAAGGAGGAGGAGUCAAGGAGAAGGAGGCAAGGAGAAGGAGGCAAGGAGAAGGAGGCAAGGAGGAGGAGGCAAGGAGAAGGAGGCAAGGAGAAGGAGGCAAGGAGAAGGAGGCAAGGAGAAGGAGGCAAGGAGAAGGAGGCAAGGAGAAGGAGGCAAGGAGAAGGAGGCAAGGAGAAGGAGGCAAGGAGAAGGAGGCAAGGAGAAGGAGGCAAGGAGAAGGAGGCAAGGAGAAGGAGGCAAGGAGAAGGAGGCAAGGAGAAGGAGGCAAGGAGAAGGAGGCAAGGAGAAGGAGGCAAGGAGAAGGAGGCAAGGAGAAGGAGGCAAAGAGAAGGAGGCAAGGAGAAGGAGGCAAGGAGUAGGAGGCAAGGAGAAGGAGAAGGAGGCAAGGAGAAGGAGGCAAGGAGAAGGAGGCAAGAAGAAGGAGGCAAGGAGAAGGAGGCAAGGAGAAGGAGGCAAGGAGAAGGAGGCAAGGAGAAGGAGGCAAGGAGAAGGAGGCAAGGAGAAGGAGGCAAGGAGAAGGAGGCAAGGAGAAGGAGGCAAGGAGAAGGAGGCAAGGAGAAGGAGGCAAGGAGAAGGAGGCAAGGAGAAGGAGGCACGGAGAAGGAGGCAAGGAGAAGGAGGCAAGGAGAAGGAGGCAAGGAGAAGGAGGCAAGGAGAAGGAGGCAAGGAGAAGGAGGCAAGGAGAAGGAGGCAAGGAGAAGGAGGCAAGGAGAAGGAGGCAGGGAGAAGGAGGCAAGGAGAAGGAGGCAAGGAGAAGGAGGCAAGGAGAAGGAGGCAAGGAGAAGGAGGCAAGGAGAAGGAGGCAAGGAGGCAAGGAGAAGGAGGCAAGGAGAAGGAGGCAAGGAGAAGGAGGCAAGGAGAAGGAGGCAAGGAGAAGGAGGCAAGGAGAAGGAGGCAAGGAGAAGGAGGCAAGGAGAAGGAGGCAAGGAGAAGGAGGCAAGGAGAAGGAGGCAAGGAGAAGGAGGCAAGGAGAAGGAGGCAAGGAGAAGGAGGCAAGGAGAAGGAGGGAAGGAGAAGGAGGCAAGGAGAAGGAGGCAAGGAGAAGGAGGGUGUGAAAAGUGGAUCUGCGGCACACCUCUGCAACAGCCGGACAGAACCACCGUCUGCCAUGAUGAUCCUGUGGCCUUAG